AUGACCAGUGGCGCAUCCGACGUGCUGGAAGGGGAUGUGAUCCAGCUGACCUGCACGGUUCAGACCACCACAGGCCCCUUGUCAGUGGUGUGGUACUGGACAGACAAAGACUCAAAAGGGCCACCCGAGGAAGUAGCAACAGUGGACCGAGAUGGCGCCGUGUGGCAUAGUCCAAACUACAGAGAAAGAGCGAGUUACGGGGACAUCCGAGUGGAAAAAGUGCAAGGGAGUACUUUUACUUUGUCCAUUUACAAUUCUUUGCCCGGUGAUGAGGGACUCUACAGCUGCAUGGCGACCGAAUGGCUGCAGACGGGCAGUGAACUGGAGAUAAACUGGCAGAAUAUUGGAGAAAAGUCAGACAGCAAGAAAAUCUCCGUCAAGACAGUGGAAUCUUCUUUUGUGGUAUCCGCCUCCUCCAGGACACCGUAUAUAACAUUUGGAGACUCCUUCGACCUUCUGUGUUUGGUCAAGCCUCGACACAACCCACGCGUGCCCACUUCCGUCACGUGGCGUUUCAAACCAGCCAGCUUGGACUCGGGGGAGGAGGGCCAGGGAGAUGGCUUCAAAGAGCUGGUGACGUUCACUCGCGAGGGCACCCUGCAGUGGGGGGAGCAGCUGCUAGGACUGGGCACCAGGACCACCGUGGAUCGGUCUCACUCAAACACUAACUUCCGCCUGUCCGUGACCAAAGCAGGGCGUCGGGAGGCGGGCAAAUACCAGUGUACCGCUGUGCUGUGGAGGAGGAACUAUGACAACAGCUGGAGCAGGGUGGCCAACCGCACCUCCAACCUGCUGGGCAUCAGUGUUGUGCAGCCAGAGCCCAAGCUCCGGGUGCAGAAGACCAACCAGUCCCAGGCGUACUUGGAGGACAGCCGGGUGCGCAUGAACUGCUCCAUCACCUCUCAGACCAGCACGGACUCCCAGCAUGCCGUGCUGUGGUACGUAAGGCGGGCGGCGGGCUCGGAGACGGACGAGCUGCUGCUGAGGAUCGAGCGCAGCGGGGCGUUCGAGUAUGGGGCGUAUGCGGAGGAGGAGCGGCUGAGAAGGAGGGUGCAGGCCGAGAGGCUGUCCCCGCGCCUCUACACGCUCACCCUGAACCGAGCCGAGAGCAGCGACUCAGGAACCUACUACUGCCUGGUGGAGGAGUGGCUGAGCGACCCGGAGGGCGCCUGGUACCGAGUGGCCCGAGAGGCGUCCGGCUUCACGCAGGUCCUGGUCAGACAGCCAGAGAUCCGGCUCCAGGUAGAGGAGCAAGAAUCAAACAUCACCAUCCCAGCCUCAGGCUCCAUCCGUCUGGGCUGCAGUAUUCCCUCGCAGUCGUCUCGAGAUUCCCGCUUCUCCGUGUCCUGGUACGUGGAGCGCUCCGACAGCGAGGUGGAGUACCCUCAGCCCGGAGAGGAGGGCCGGCAGAGGGAGUGCGUCUUCUCCAUCGGCCACGACGCAGUGUUCGGGAACGGGAACUGCAAUCCUCGCAACGAGGGUGGCCCCAGCUCGCGCCUGCAGUUUGAGAGGCAGACGUCAGACCAGUACAGCCUCAUCAUCCAGGCAGCGCGCCCUAGUGACACGGGGAGGUACUACUGCCACGUGGAGGAGUGGCUGCUCAACCCCCGCAACGCGUGGUACCGGCUGGCCACCAACAACUCCGGCUUCACCUUCGUCAACAUCCAGGCUCAAGCAGCAUCAUCGGUCCAUUCUGUGGUGUGCUCCAAUGAGUCGCUUUUCUACUUUGUCUUCUUCUACCCGUUCCCCAUCUUCGGCAUCCUCCUCAUCACUCUGUUACUGCUGCGCUUCAAGUCUCGCAACAACAACAAGAGCCAGGAGGGCAAGAACGGCGCCCCCUUGCUGUGGAUUAAAGAACCACAUCUAAGUUACUCUCCCACCUGCCUGGACCCGCCCGCCCUCAGCCUACACCCAGGAUCAGUGGAUUAA